UUCAACUACAUUCAGUCCGACUGUUCACCUGUUACUGAAACCAUGCUCCACUUCAGACUCAGCAGCACACUGUUAUUGGCAGUGACCUGUUCGCUCGUGACAGCAGACGUGUCCACAGAAACAGUUAUCACCUGUGACAAUGGCAACGACGUCCAACGUCUAAGCUGUGACACUGGAGUGAUCAGAGUGACGGCUGCUCUGUAUGGACGAGCAGACAGAGAGACCUGCAGUGAAGGAAAACCUCCACAACAGCUUAGCAACACAAAGUGCUCUCAGCAUGGGACUGUGGACGUCCUCAGGAAAAGGUGUGAUGGAAAGAAAGUGUGUGAACUAAACACAAACGUCAUCCGUACUACUGAUCCCUGCUAUGGCAUCUUUAAAUAUCUGGAGACCAACUACACCUGCUUCCCAGCAAAUCACUUGGUUACAUGCGAGCACUCUUCAGCACACCUGCACUGUGAUGAAGGGCAGGUUAUUUUUGUGUAUGGUGCUGAUUAUGGACGUCGUGACCGAACCACAUGCUCUUACCAACGUCCCACCUCUCAAAUCCAAAAAGUCCUGUGCUCAAAUCCCACGAGCAAAGUGGCUGAAAUCUGUAAUGGGAAGAACAGCUGCACUAUCAGAGCAAGCAACUCAGUGUUUGGAGACCCCUGUUACGGCACUUACAAGUACCUGGAGGUGGCUUACGUAUGUCAAUUUGUCACAAAACCCUGUGGCACCAUGCUCUGCUCCAGACUCAGCGCCUCACUGUUGCUCGCAGCAACGUGUCUACUCACGGCUUCAGGCUUUUCCAGUGCCCAGAACUAUUUUACUUCCACCGCCCUUUCCAAAGAGAGGGUGAUCACCUGUGAUGUCCCCUACAACGUCCAGCGCCUCAGCUGUGCAGACGGUGGGGUGAUCACCGUGGAGACAGCUCUGUAUGGACGUGCAGACAGAGAGACCUGCAGUGAGGGCAGACCGGCAAACCAGCUGACCGAUACACAGUGCUCUCAGCUAGGCACUGUGGACGUCCUCAAGAAAAGGUGUGAUGGCAAGAGAGUGUGUGAAUUCAAUGCAAAUGUUGUUCGUACCUCUGAUCCCUGCUUUGGCAUCUACAAAUACCUGGACACCACCUACUCCUGUUUCCCAGCAAUCCACACUGUCGUAUGUGAGAGCUCUUUGGCCAUCCUGCAGUGUGAUGAAGGGCAGGUCAUUUUUGUGUACAGCGCUGAUUAUGGACGCCGUGACCGUACCACCUGCUCUUACCAACGUCCUGCCCCUCAGGUCCAAAAUGUGCUGUGCUCAAGUCCCACUAACAAAGUGGCUGAAAGCUGUAACGGGAAAAGCAGCUGCUCUGUCAAAGCCAGCAACUCAGUGUUUGGAGACCCCUGUGUCGGCACUUACAAGUACCUGGAGGUGGCUUACAGAUGUCAGUAUCCUCCGUUUCAACCAGAUCAAUAAAACCAAAAUUACAUCACAAUAUAUACAUGCUUGGAAUGAAAUAAUAUACACUAAUUACUGGGUUUCAGUGCCUUUGAUUAAUUUUCUCUACUGCAGUUUUAUUUUUUCAGGGUUAGGGCUCAUUUUAUUCACCUGUAACAUUUUCUGUUUUCAUUGUGCUCUUCAAAUAAACUUGCCUUUCACUGACA